AUGAAAUUCAAACUACCGACCCCUGUUGGUAUCGGCUGGUCUAUGGGGCUAGCGCUAGCGCUUGCCCUUCAAGUGGUGAUCUAUCGCGAGACACUACAGGAAGCUAUCCGCUAUGGCCGCAAACGCUUGCUCGUGUAUAAGACCAUGCAUCGUCGCUUUGCCAACCAGCGACUUAAGCGCCUUAACAGUCUUGGUGAUGAUCGCAAGUCCCAAUGGAUGUGGAAAAAUGUGUCACAGAACGAUGCCGCGUUUGCGGAUAACGACACCAUUAGUGAGGAGAGCGCUGACAGCACCGCCGGCACAGAUGGUUUAAUUUCCUCCCAGAAAAAGCUUGUGCUUGUGAUGGUCGGCUUGCCUGCACGUGGCAAGAGCUUUGUAGUGCACAAAACAUUACGUUAUAUCGAAUGGUUGGGUUUUCCCACGCGUGUGUUUAACGUGGGUAAUCUGCGUCGCCAACUCGGCAAAGCUGGCGAGAACUCGACCUUCUUUAGUGCUGACAACAAAGAUGCCACAAAUCUUCGCGAGAAGAUGGCAAUGAACGCUCUGGAUAAUUUGCUUGAAUGGAUUGAAGACAAGGGACACGUCGCGGUAUUCGACGCAACGAAUACGACAAAACUACGAAGACAGCAUAUCCUUGAAAAGGUGAGCUCACAUCAAAACGUUCGCGUCAUGUUCGUCGAGAGUAUAUGUGACAGUAAGAAGUUGCUUGAAAUUAACUACCGUCGAAAACUCACAAACGCUGAUUACAAAGAUAAGGAUCCUGAGGAGGCGUUAGCGGAUUUUAGGCAACGCGUGCACGAAUAUGGGAAAGUUUACGAGACAGUGGAGGAUACUGAGGAUAGCGGUAAUGCGUGCUAUGUAAAGGUCUACAAUGCCGGCGAGAAAAUUCAAGCACGGUAUUGUCAGGGCUUCCUCCAAAGCCAAAUCGUAUCAUUGCUACAGAAUAUACACCUUUGCCCACGUCGAAUCUGGUUAGUGCGCCCUGGUCCAAGCAUCACAAGUUGCAAGGGGAUUUUAGGAUUAGAUACUGAGCUAUCACCCGAAGGUCAUCGUGUUGCACGUGCAAUUGCGUCGUUUGUCGAGAACUUGCAGCUUGUCCGCCCAAUGGAGGUUUGGUCAAGUCCAAUGAAACGGGCAAGAGAAACAGCUGAAUAUCUCCCCACUCGCGAGUUAAAGCGCUACGUUUUGACUACGUUACUAAAUGAACUCGGCGGUGGUGACUUUGAAGGACUCACUUAUGACGAGAUUGAACACUUAUACCCUAAACAUUACGUAGCCCGGUUACAAGACAAGCUUCGUUACCGGUAUCCUGGCGUGGGUGGUGAGAGUUACGUGGAUGUGAUAUCACGUUUGCGCUCACUAAUCAUUGAGUUUGAGCGUAAGAAGCGUGACGUACUUGUGAUCUGUAGCGAAUCAAUUUUGCGCUGCCUUUUGGGCUACUUUGCUGGCUGUGAAGCUGCCAAAGUGCCGCACCUGCAAUCAUACGACAACACAAUUGUGGAGCUAAGCCCACACCGAGAUGGCUGCGACAUAAAACUAAUUCCACUUAAAAUUUAA